ACGAACGUGGGCAAUGAGUACGGCGAGGUUCUUAACAGCGUCCUAACCACUAGCGAGGGUGCUGGUCUGGAGGCAUUGUGCCAGGGGAUUGUAAAGCGAUAUAGAGAUGCUGGUGAGCCAGAGCCGGACAUCAUCUAUGUUGACCGGGAUUGUUGCAGUGGGUCAGGUGUACCGCCAAUCCUCCAUUGGUUUAGGCCAUGGAGAUGUAGGGUUAAGCUGGAUGUAUUUCAUUUUUUGCAUCGCUUCACCACCGGCCUCACCACUGAGCACCAUCCCCUCUACGGGACAUUUUGCUCAAAGCUUUCCAGCUGCAUUUUCCAGUGGGACGAGCAGGACAUCGCCCGGCUUCGCAGCGCCAAGAGGGAGGAGCUGCGAAAGCAGUUUGGUGGGCAUGCCCCCUCGGAGGCCCAGAUCACUGCCAACAUCACGACGGGGGAGUUGGCGAGGCACUGCCGCCGGAAAACUCGAGGAGUGGGGGACACCCGCCGCAUGAUACAGGGGCUCCUGGACGCCAUGUGGGAUUUAACAGAUUCCACUGGUCUGCGGUUUUUUAACCCAGACAGCAUGGCGCACGUGUGGGAGG